AUGUCGUGGUUGAGAUCUGCUGUGAGCAAGGCAGUGGAGGUAGGGAACAAGAAGAACCUGACUCGAGCCGUCAAAAACUACGCCGACUCCGUUGUUCACCAAGCCGGUCAAGCCGUCGCUGAAGGAGCCAAAAUCUUGCAAGAUCGUAUUGGGAACAGGAAUUAUAAAAGUGCUAAGCAAACUGCUAAGAGAUUAGAGGAGGCUGCCAUCUCCUGCCGCGGCCUGGAGAGGGUUUUGUUACUGAGAAGAUGGGUGGUUGUGCUUAAAGAAUUCAAUAAAUUAUCAGGAGGUUUUUCGGAAGAUAAACAGACAUCGGUCGAGGAAAAUGUUGUUCCUGAUGAACCAAAGGGUAGUCCAAGAAAAUCAUCGCUGCCCAUGGUUCUGUAUUAUGAUUCUGAUGUUGGGGGUGAACCGUUGACUUUCCGGGAUGUUUUUCUUCAAAGUCAGGCCCUAGAAGGCAUAGCAACGUCCAUGAUUCUUGAAGCUCCAAAUGAGGAAGAAAUUUCUUUGCUCCUGGAGGUGUUUAGGAUCUGUCUAAGUGGAGGACAAGAAGUUCAUAAUGCAAUUGUGAGCAGUAUACAGGACCUGGCUUCUGCUUUUGCAAACUACCAAGAUGAAGUGUUGGUGAAGCGGGAAGAAUUGCUUCAGUUUGCACAAAAUGCCAUUACAGGGUUGAAAAUCAAUGCUGAUCUUGCAAGAAUAGACGCUGAAGCUAUGGUUCUUAGGAACAAACUCGACAGAAUUAUGCAUUCCCAGAAGCCAUCAAGUGAAGAUCAGGAAAAGGUGUCCGAUGAAAAGGCCAAAGCAGCUAUAGAGGCACUGAAAGAAGCUCUUGCUCAGAUUCGAAUUUGUUCCAGAUUGGAAGGGCUUCUGUUGAAAAAGAAAACUUUGAACUUGGGAGACUCGCCUGAGAUUCAUGCUCAAAAGGUUGACAAGUUGAAGGUCUUAUCAGAAUCUCUUGCCAGCUCUACAUCGAAAGCUGAAAAGCGUGUUGUAGAUCACAGAUCGCAAAAAGAAGAGGCACUGAAAGUUCGUGUUGCCAAAGCUGAUGAAGCAAAUGAAAAGGAGAAGGAAAUAGUAGCUGAAGUAUCAGUACUUGAAAAACAAAGAGAUGAACUUGAGGCUGAAUUGAAAAAGGUUAAUAUCUCCUUGGCUGCUGCAAAUGCACGCCUUCGUAAUGCUAGGGAAGAGAGGGAUCAGUUUGAUGAAGCUAACAAUCAGAUAGUUGAGCAUUUGAAAACAAAGGAAGAUGAGGUGUCAAAAUCAAUUGCCGCGUGCAAGGUAGAAGCAGAUGUUAUUAGCACGUGGCUCAAUUUUCUGGAAGAUACUUGGGUUCUCCAGCAAUCUCAAACUGACGUAAAGGAGAAGCAGGUCAAUGAUGAACUGGAGAGACAUGAGGACUAUUUUGUCAAGUUGGCUAUUCGCCUUCUUUCUGAGUACAAGAAAGAGUUGGAGCCUUCUAUCGGCCGCAUAGAGAAAUUUGUGGAAAACCUAAAGAAUUUAAGUGGAGGGUUGGAGGUAGCAUCCAGUGCAGAGAAUGAAGAUUCUAAAGAAUUAAACCCAAGGAAAAAUCUUGAGGAGGAAUAUUUGGAUUAUGAAGCAAAGAUUAUAACCACCUUCAGUGUAGUGGACAACAUGAGAGAGCAGUUUUAUGCUCAGAAAGGGGCAAGCUCUAGGAAAGAUGAUACAACGGUUAAAGAGCUAUUUGAUGACAUUGAAAAGUUGAGAGUGGAAUUUGAGUCCAUUGAGAGACCAAAUCUAGAAUUGGAGACUCCAACCCAUAAAGCAGAUACUACAUCUGAGAAGCCAUUGGGAAGUCCAUCCCACACCUCAACACCAAAAGCAACUGCCCUUAAAUCCAAUGUUGAUGAGCAUCCCAAAGCAUCUGCAGCAGAGACAGAUGAGGUGCUCGAUCCUGCUGCGGAACUUGCGAAGUUCGAGUCAGAGUUUGGGAAAAAUGCUCGAGACUACUCAACAGAGGAGAUCGGUGACUGGGAGUUUGAUGAGCUUGAAAGGGAAUUGAGAUCCGGUGAUACAGCAACAAACAACUAG